GUUUUUUUGCCAAGCGGAACCAACGAACCGGCCGUUGUUUUCACACGGACCAGCAGCUGCAGAUAUGGCAACCUGCACGCGGACUGUUUUUAAAGUUUUGUCAGGAUGUCAGAAGCAGCUGCUGAGCACCGGCGGUCCCACGUACACAGCCGUAUUCCAGACGGCACCGAGGAACCUCCCCAUCCGGACCUUUGCUGCCGUCAAGGCCCAGAAGAAAGACAAACAAGAGGAGGCAAAGAAGGAGGUUAAGAAAGAGAAGAAAUUAAUCGAUGACAAAGACAGACACAAGCCUUUUGGCAAGACUGCGUGGGUGCCGGUGGAUGACGUCUACGUUAAGAGGUUCUAUCCCAGAACCAUCCACAGCGCAGCCGACACCAUCAACAUGCUGAAGAGAUUCCAGGAGCUGGACUUUACUCCCGCCGACCAACCCCUCUACAUCGACCUGAAGCUGGACAUGAAUCUGGAGAAAAAGAAAAAAAUCGACUCCUUCGUCAGCACCGUGCACUUGCUGCAUCGCUUCAGGGCAGAGAUGAACAAAGUUUUAGUUUUCACUGAGGAUUCUGGUCAGGCUAGCGUUGCUCAGGAGAACGGAGCAGCUUUCGUUGGAGGAGUAGAGCUCAUUCAGCCGAUUCUGGAUGAUGAGAUUUCAGCCGACUUCUACGUAGCCGUUCCUGAUAUUCUGCCGAAGAUUUUACCUCUGAAAAACAAACUGAGGAAGAAGUUUCCAAAGAGCAAAAGAGGUACAGUCAGCAAUGAUAUCUCCAAGGCGUUGGAGUUGUUCAAGACGGGUCAUGAGUACCUGGUGGAGAGCGACUGCUACAUUAGGACGCAGAUAGCUACGCUUGACAUGCCCAGUGAGCAAAUCUUCGCCAACCUGAAGACGAUCCUGACUGACGUUUGUUCACACCGACCGACCAGCCUGGGACCUUUCAUCGAGCGGGCCAUCAUGAGUAGUCGGACCAGUGAAGCCGUCUGGUUCCGGACCGAAGGUGUUCUACCUGAAGCGGGUCAGACCGACGAGGGAUGAGUUUUCUUUCAGAGUGUAAAUAAUGACUGUAUUGAAUAAACUUUGUUUCUGGAAUCCAUGAAA